AUGGUCAUACAUGACUUUCCGGUCCAGCAAAUAACCUCCGGUAGCAUUCUGGUCAACAUUCCGGCCGAAUGUGGCCGUCCGGUCGAAACUCUCCAGCAGCUCUUUAGUCCAAACUAUGCACCCACAUCACAAAAUGCAAUCCUUCUACAGAAUUGUACCUCACCACUCACUCCUUGUAAGAUACCAACAACAACGGUGCAAACUCAUUUUGAAAUGCUCGACUGUGGUUCAAAAGAUAACAAUAUUAGCUGCUACUCCGAGCCAAACAACCAGAGUUUGUUCAUUGACUACCAUAACUUGACCGGAGUCCAGUGCCGGUCACUUUUGUCGGCCAUCUCGGUUGUCUCCUUGGGUAAUCUUAACAACUCGGCGGUGUCCGUGGACGUUCAGGUGGUACAAUUGGGGUGGUGGCUUGAAGGGGAUUGUCAGCAUCGGUACUGUUCCGAGGACUCAAGUUGUAUUACAAUUGUGUCACCAAUUGAUGGCCGGCCAGGAUAUCGUUGCCAAUGCUUGGAAGGGUUCAUCGGGGAUGGUUAUCGGGCCGGAUUGGGCUGCCGGAAAGGUCAAAACAUAAUUGAACAGUUCUAUGAUCUAACUCAGUAGAUUCAUUUUAAAAUUUUUCAACCAUAACUUCCAACUCUCAAACCCAAGAAAAAGAAAAAUAAAAAUAAAAAUCCCCUAGUUUCUAUCAAGGAGGUCUUCUUCUCCUUUUAGAAGGGUGUACUCCAUGCACGAGACUUUCGUCAUUGUGUGGUCUGAAAAGUGUUAGAUAUAUGUAGUCUUAUCCCUGCAACCAUGUAGAGAGACUGUUUUUGUGGCUCAAAUCCACAACCCUCAAAUCACAAUAAAAACAACUUUACCGUUAUGCCAAAGUCCGACCUCUUCUUCUCCUCUUCAUCCUAUCAAAAUCAUUAAAGGCACUCAGAGAAAAUUGCUGUAAGCAAAAUGCUGUGUUGAACUUAGUAGUUAAUACUAAAAGACCACAGAUUUUCUGUAAGUGGAACUUUUUCUGCAAAACAAUGCGUCAAGACACUGUUCUCAAAUUAUCAUUAAAUUGCUCCUCAAAUCAGCCAAAGUACUUGAGACAUGUAGCCUGUAGGACCCAAGAGUGGUAAUCAUGGACCUCAAUUUCAUCGGUACCAAUAAUUCAUGGGUCCUCUGCAUCAUUUGGUAGGAGUUCAAGUCAACCUGUUUUACCAGCCCUCCAAAUUUUCUUUCAUCACUAUGUCCUAAAAGGAAUUUGUUUAUUUUUGUCUGAUUAAACAAAAGGAUAGAUGCUAAUCAUGCAUUAGAAAUGUAGUUUUACUAAUAUUAAGAGUGAGUAAGGGACCCUCCUGGUACUGCUUUCUUCUGGUAGAGACAUUUUAAUUUUGUUAUUGGAAGUUGGAUGCCACCAUUAUCAAACAUGGCACUUCAAUACAACAACCGAAGGAUUAAUUUAUAGUGCAAGUGUCGUACAUUUUUGUUAUUAAAGUGCCAAUCACCAAAGUUACAGAAAGACAGUGGCACAUGAAGCAGGGUAAAUUUUGUUAAACAAAACCAAGGAACCUCUUUAUGAACAUGUAAAGUACCAAGGUUUCGCUUCAGAUUGCAAAAUUAAACCAUUUGAUAUGAUAAAAAUCACAAAGUAAGCCCAAUCCUGCUAAAAAGUACCGAAAAAUAGAGAAAAGGGGGAUGAAGAACGUGAGAAUAUCGCUAAUUUCUGUGUAAAAGCAGUAGUUUUCGGUAGAUUUGAUUCUGGUCUGGAGCUAACAGACGGAUCAGACGUGAGCAGGGAGCCCACACCUGUGUAGAGUAGAUCGUUCAACACCUGUGGCACAAACCCAUUUUUUACCUAUUGGUCCUAGUAUCAUAGG